UCCGUUGGACUAGCUAUGUCUGGGCGAGGGAAGCAGGGCGGCAAGGCUCGUGCCAAGGCCAAGUCCAGGUCUUUUAAAGCAGGGCUGCAGUUCCCGGUGGGCCGCGUGCACCGCCUGCUCCGCAAGGGCAACUACGCCGAGCGGGUGGGGGCCGGCGCGCCGGUGUACCUGGCGGCCGUGCUGGAGUACCUGACGGCCGAGAUCCUGGAGCUGGCGGGCAACGCGGCCCGCGACAACAAGAAGACGCGCAUCAUCCCGCGCCACCUGCAGCUGGCCAUCCGCAACGACGAGGAGCUCAACAAGCUGCUGGGCCGCGUCACCAUCGCGCAGGGCGGCGUCCUGCCCAACAUCCAGGCCGUGCUGCUGCCCAAGAAGACCGAGAGCCACCGCCACAAAGUCCAGAACAAAUAAUUUCCAAGCCGUGAA